AUGACGAUAGAAACGAUUGCCACCGAUAUGGACGGGACCUUUCUGGAUCAUGAACAACAUCUUAGAUCAAGCACAUUAGAGAUGUACGACAAAUUACGUGCAAACAAUAAACGAGUUAUAAUCUGCACUGGACGCGGGUUACAAGCUGCCAAACAUGCGCUGGCCGAACAAGAAGGUGGCGACCAAAUACCCCUCUUCCCCGGCGUCUACAGCCAUGGAGCAAUCGCCUUCGGGAAAGAUGAAAAAGAUGUAGUAUACACCAACUUCUUGAAUAAGAAAUACGUGUUCGAUGCAAUUCAAAAAUUAUACGAAUGGAAAGAGGAAAUACUUCAAGAAGCCAAAACCAUAGUGAUGCCUGCCGACGCAAGAAUUACAGACGAUACCUACGUGAUUACGGUGUAUAAGCCGGAACGGUUUUUUGUGGAUUUUGAAACCGAGCAAUUCCGCGAGUUCUGUAUAAGAUAUGACGAGUGGCAUGACGAGCUACUGAAUCGCAAGAUAGUCGAGGAUGACUUAAAUGAUGUCUUCCACUUCUCCAUAACCGCAAACCCAGUUGUCUUGGAACUGUAUCGUUACCGAAUGCUCAAGUUUCUUGAAGACAAUCCUUACUACAACAUGCGCGUCAUCAAGCCUGUUGUCGAGGGUCUUCACAUACUGAAUACUGAAGUGGAUAAAUCCCAAGCACUCGCCGCUUUAUGUCAAGUGUAUGGAUGGAAUAGAGAAACCAUCCUUGCCCUGGGAGACUCGGACAACGACGUUGAAAUGUUAAAAUGGGCAAAUUACAGCGUGGCAAUGGGUGACGGUUCUGACUCAGUAAAAUCUAUAGCUAAAUUCCUAGCGGAACCGUCGGUCAAUGACGGAUGGUCCAAGGCAAUUCAGCAGCUGGUCUUCGAAUAA